AGCUCGAUUUUGUUAUCCGUCAUGGAUCUUAAUUAAUUUGUUGAUUAGACAUGUAGAACUUGUCCAUUGUUUUUAAUGACAGAUAUUACUUAGCCUUCAAGUAUGAAGUGGCAGCCUCCAUUGGUCGAUGCAAAUUCCUUGUUGUUUCUUUAGUUUUCAUCAUCUUCCUCCCAAAGCCAUUUCAAUGGGGAUCCCAAUCCCAGAUUCAGUAUUAAUCCCAACUCUCACAACCCUUCUUCUCAUUCUCUCUUCAAUGGCGCUUUCUGCUCAAACUCCCUCUCAUCAAACCCUUCUCGACUGUCUUUCCGAUCAUUCUAAUUCACCAUCAUCUUCCCCAAUCUCUCAAGUUACCUUCUUCCCUGAUAACCCAUCUUACUCCCCUGUCUUAAACUCUUACAUCAGAAAUCUCAGGUUCGCUUCACCCACUACCCCAAAACCCUUGUUCAUCGUCGCCCCAACCCAUGUUUCCCACAUUCAAGCCACCAUUCUCUGUUGCAGAAUCCACGCCCUUGAAAUCAGAAUCCGAAGUGGCGGCCAUGAUUACGACGGCCUCUCUUAUGUAUCCGAUUCCCCAUUUGUGAUCCUCGAUAUGUUCAAUCUUCGAUCCGUAGCUGUCGACAUCGAAGACGAAAGCGCGUGGGUGGAUUCUGGUGCAACCCUCGGGGAAGUUUACUACAAAAUUGCAGAGAAGAGCAAGAUCCAUGGAUUCCCAGCUGGGGUUUGCCCCACGGUUGGAGUUGGAGGUCAUCUCAGCGGCGCUGGAUACGGUAAUUUAAUGAGGAAAUUUGGGGUUUCAGUAGAUAAUGUAGUUGAUGCUUUGAUCGUUGAUGUUAAUGGUAGGGUUUUGGAUAGAGAAACAAUGGGGGAAGAUUUGUUUUGGGCAAUUAGAGGAGGAGGUGGAGCUAGUUUUGGUGUCAUUGUUUCAUGGAAGUUUAAACUUGUUCUUUUACCUGAAACUGUCACUGUUUUUAGAACGGAGAAAACCAUAGAAGAAGGUGUUGUAGAUAUCUUGCACAAAUGGCAAGAAAUUGCUGAUACAAUUGAUGAAAAUCUAUUCAUAAGAGUAGUGAUUCUUCCUGUAAAUAAAAAAACCCAAAAGACAGCGAAGGCCAAAUUCGUCUCCUUAUUUCUUGGAAAUGCACAGAAACUGUUUGCGUUAAUGUCUGAAAGAUUUCCUGAAUUGGGUAUUAAGGGUGAGGAUUGUAAAGAAAUGAGCUGGAUUGACUCUAUUCUGUUUUGGUCAAACUACCCAAUCGGAACUCCACUCGAUGUCUUGCUUGAAAGACAACCCAACUCUGAAAAGUUCUUGAAGAAGAAAUCAGAUUAUGUUCAAGAACCAAUCUCAAAGGCAGGUCUUGAAGGAAUGAUGAGAAAAAUGAUAGAACUGAAAAGACCAGCUUUGACUUUCAACCCAUAUGGUGGGAAAAUGAGUCAAAUUCCAGAGACGGAGACUCCAUUUCCACAUAGAGCUGGGAACAAAUACAAAAUUCAAUACUCAGUGACAUGGAAAGAAGAAGGGGAUGAGGCUGCAGCCAAGCAUUUGGAGAUGAUUAGAGAGCUUUACAAGUACAUGACGCCGUACGUUUCAAAAUCGCCUAGAAGUGCUUAUUUGAACUACAGAGAUGUGGAUUUGGGAGUGAAUGGGAUUGGAAAUGCAAGCUAUUGGGAGGGUAGCAUUUGGGGAAGAAAGUAUUUUAAGGGAAAUUUUGAUAGAUUGGUGAAGGUGAAGAGUAUGGUGGAUCCAGAUAACUUUUUCAAAUAUGAACAGAGCAUUCCAUGUGUUGAACUCGAAGCAUUUGAUUCUAAUGGCAGAGCUGAGAGCCUUUAAAAGUAUGCAUUGCUUGGUUGAAAAUUGAAAUUCAUUCCCAUAUUAUUUCUGGGAUUUGUAUAAUUAAAGCUUAACUAUCCCACUGAUUAAUGCUGGGGUAUUUGUAAUUGGUUAAUUGUUUUACACAUGAUUAUAAGAAGAAAAACAAAGUUUGUGAAUAA